AUAAAACCCCCAGCUUCUUUUUCUUCUUUUCUUAUUGAAUCAGCUUUCGCUCGUCGAUCCUCUGGCGCCCUCUCGUGGCGCCGCACGAGCGGCGCCGCCACACGAGCGCCAUUAGAUCUCCGUCGAGGUCAGAGGUCGCUGCGGGGGGGAAGGACAACAACAAAAAAAAGAUGGCCGCCCCCAGCAAAGCGACCGUGGUGCUGAAGGCUGUGAAGAAAAUCACGCUCCGCUUCUGUCCGUUCGAGUCCAACGCGCAGUCCACGAGAGAGUUUCUGUGCAUGGUGGGCUCAGAGAAGGUCCGGGCUACCAACAUGAACUGUGAGGUGAUAUCCAUGGUGAAACAUGACAAGUCUGAGCCGGUCGUGGAUAUCACUUAUGUGGACGGAGAGAGGCUGGUGAUGAAGGGGGCAAAUUUGAGCAGCAGAGAGAUGCUGAGUUCGUUUCAGUCGCGGUGCAUCGCCAAGGACCCGCAGGCAAAAGCUGCGGCAAAGAAGUGAUGGUGUGUGUCGUUGGAAGUGUGUUUAUAAUAAAAAAAUAUAUCAGAUUUAAA